UGACGUAUUUGAUAAUGUCGGUCGUGCAACGAUUCGAAUUUGCGACUGCAACGAAGAUUGUGUUUGGAAGGGGAGUUGCAUCUGAGCUGCCCAAGCUGUUGCAAACUGCAGAUGCUCGUAAAGCGUUUGCUGUAGUUGGAAAAGCAUCUCGUCACAAAGCAAUUCUCGACAGCUUGCCGAGUCACGUGACGUUCGAAGUCCACGGCGAGCCGACAGUCGAUGUUGCUACUGAAGGCGUUCGUUUGGCAUCGACUAGUGGUUGUGAUGCAGUUGUUGCUAUUGGCGGUGGCUCGGUGAUCGACGUUGGUAAAGUGAUUGCAGCUCUAGUGACAAAUGGUGGAGAACCAUUGGAUUACAUGGAGGUAGUGGGGCGUGGCCACACAGUGUCCAAACCCAGUUUGCCAUUUAUUGCAGUCCCUACAACUGCUGGCACAGGAGCUGAGGUGACGAAGAAUUCUGUGCUUGCUUCUCCAGGGGAUCGUGUUAAGGCUAGUAUUAGGAGUUCUUACAUGCUGCCUCGAGUGGCUGUGAUUGAUCCUCUCCUGACGGUUAGUGUUCCACCAUCUGUAACUGCCAGUACUGGAUUGGAUGCGUUUACUCAGUGUCUAGAACCAUUUGUUUCGGUACUUUCCAAUCCAUUAACAGAUGCCAUUGCUAAGGAAGGACUGCGACAUGGUGCUCAGUCACUCCAAACUGCAUUUGAGUCGGGUGACAAUCUUGAUGCUCGAGAGGGCAUGUGUCUCUGCAGUCUGAUGGGUGGCCUGGCACUUGCAAAUGCAAAAUUAGGAGCAGUGCAUGGCUUUGCAGGAGUGAUUGGUGGUUGGUGCAAGGGAGCUCCUCAUGGUGCUAUCUGUGCUCGCUUGCUACCGUUCGUCAUCACUGCAAAUGUCCAAGCUCUAACUGAACGUUCACCAGACAGCCCACUGUUGGGAAAGUAUUCCGAAGUGGCUCAGCUUAUCACUGGACGUUCAGAUGCAACAAGCCAGGAUGCUGUCAAGUUUAUACAGCGACUGUGCUCAGUGCUCAAUGUACCACCUUUGUCUACAUAUGGUCUAAACGAAGAUGAUGUGCCUGCAAUUGUUGAGAAGUCAGCAAAGAGUUCCAGUAUGAAGGGCAACAGUAUUGUAUUAUCCAAAGAUGAACUCACUGGCAUUCUACUGCAAGCACUGUAA